AUGAAUUUUGUAACUUCAAGUCAACUUAUAAUUAAACGGACAAAAUUCCAGCAACUUGAAAAGCUAGCAUCCACAAAACUGAAAAUUAACGCCAAAGAAACAAUGAGAAUAGCAGAGGAGCUAUAUAUUUCGGGUUUCAUUAGCUUCCCGCGUACCGAGACCACGGAGUUUCCCAAGGAGAUCAACUUGGGCCAGCUGGUGUCGUUGCAGACCAGCGACCCGCAGUGGGGGCCCUUCGCGGCGUGUGUGCUCGCCAACGGGCCUUCCCCGCGGAAAGGCACUAAGAACGAUGGCGCACAUCCGCCCAUACAUCCCACUAGACAUGGG